AUGGUUUUGCAUAAGAGUCUUGUAUGGACAUCGAAUGGAUCUUGUUUAGUUACCAUACUUGAUGGAAAAUGGUUACAACAAAUUGAUGUAGCUACUGGGAAAUCUAAUGGUCUAAGUCAAUUAAAGAUAAAUAAUUCUGGUCGCGCUGUAUGUUUAAAAACAUCAACAUGUUGUCAUUUUCCUUCUCAGUACAAUUUAGUAAAUCAAGUUAUGAUCGGUGGAAGUGAUACUAAUUCAAUUGCUUAUGCUACAACUAGUAAUCAAAUUGUUGCACGUGAUUUACGUGUGCCAAAUUCUAGUUCACCUAUAUGGAUUUUAAAACAAGACAGAAGUCAUGGUUUAAUACUUUCGAUGGUAGUACAUAGUUUUCAUACAUGGCUUGUUACAGGAACCAGUCGUGGGCAUCUUAUAUGUUGGGAUUUAAGAUAUAAACGUCAGAUAGCUUAUACAGAACAUCCAUACCAACCAGGUAUAGGUAUUUUAGAUUUACAAAUAGCUGAAACUCAUUCUCGGUUUGAACUGGAUAAAAAGUAUGCUGGUCAAAAUCUCGCUCAGUCAUCCGAAAAGUCAUAUCAAGUAGGACAAACGUUGAUUAUUGCUGCAACCGAUCAUCAUAAUGAAGUGACAAUCUGGGACUUGGAGUCCUCAGCCACAGCGUCAUCAUCUGCAGCUAUUUCAUCCUGUAAUUAUGGGCUCUCCGGUUCUUUCGCACCAGUUCGCAGUACAGGAUGUUUAGCUUCGACGUGGGCUCAACCAGGAAAUAAAACACCUCUUGUUCUUGAUAGUUCUUUACCACAUCGAUCAGUCCGAUCAAUUUUGUGCCUACCUAACAACAAUGUUAUACCGUUUAAUGAACAUAACAAACCCCAUUCUCAAGUUACUCAUUUACCAGCUAUAGUAGCCGGUGGUAAUGAUGCACGUUUACGGUAUUGGAACUUCCGAAAACCAGAGGAUUCGUGUGUUUUAGUUUGGGCUGGGAUUGAUGAAGCGACGCCUCCUCGACUUACCUACCGGUCAACAUAUGUAAAUGAUGUCUAUGUUUUGAUUGAACAAACUGAUACUUCUUCCGUUAGUGAUACAUCAAGUAGUUUGUUAACAAAAACAAUGUACACAGAAAUAUCACAAAAAUUACAAUCAUCAAGUAAUAUAACAGAAGUAUCAAAUAGUGCAUUCCCUGUGUCAGGACGUUUAGAAUUACGUGAAUCAACUAAAGGACAUAAGAAUAUUAUAUCUGAUUUAACUGUUCUUCAAGCAGGUCAAGCAUUUCUAGUCUCUGCUUCAAUGGAUGGUGUAAUAAAAAUUUGGCGAUAA